AUGUCGAACACCAACCCUACCGUGGCUAGUGGCAAGAAGAUUGUCUUUACAGGGGGAAGCGGCCACAAAGUCCUGAAUCUCGACCUCGUGCCUUUCCCAGACCCAUCAGCGGAUGUCUAUACCCUCAAGACAGACCUCACCGAUUCCGGACAAGUUUUCAAUGCUCUGACCAGUCAUUUCAACAUGUCUGGUUACGCAGAUGGACCAGUUCCUGGACCUCCUGGUGUUGUCAUCCAUUUCGCCGCCUACGCACGCAACAUGCUUGUACCAGAUUCCGAGCUCUUCCAAGCCAAUGUUCGAAGCACCUAUAAUGUGGUCGAAGCAGCUUGUAAGUUAGGCGUCAAGAAAAUCAUCAUAGCCUCUUCCGAGACAACCUAUGGUGUUUGCUUCGCCCAAGGUGAUGCGGACUAUCACUCCUUCCCUCUUGAAGAAGACUAUGACGUUGAUCCUGAAGACUCGUACGCACUCUCCAAGAUCUGCGGUGAGAAAACAGCACGAACCUUCGCCAGACGCUUUAAAAACGACAUUUACGCUCUUAGAAUUGGAAAUGUUACCGAACCACAUGAGUAUGCGAAAGACUUCCCCGCGUAUCUCUCCAAUCCCACUUCUCGUAAAAGAAAUGCGUGGAGUUAUAUCGAUGCCAGAGACUUGGGACAGAUCUGUGACUUGGCGAUCAAGAAGAGCGAGUUGGGAUUCCAAGUCUUCAAUGCUACCAAUAAUACGAUUACGGUCAAGGGGAUGACAACUAAGGAGUUCCUGGCGAAGGAGUGUCCGAAUACGAAAAUUACGAGAGAGAUGGGGGAGCAUGAGGCGCCGUUGAGCAAUAGGAAGAUCCGGGAGGUGUUGGGAUACAAGGAUGUUCAUGACUGGAAGAAGUAUGUCUAGAUCUACGGUGUAAAAUGGAUACUACUCUGCACUUGUGAGGUUCACUGAAGUAUCGUGCAGGCUAAUAAAAUAUUUGUGACUGC